CGGCGGGGCCUCCCUUGGAAGGGGAUGCUGGCUGGCUUCCUGCAUCCCUCUGCUUUCGGGUCCCUCCUCCUUCCCCGGGGGGGGGGGAGAUUGCCUCACUAAGCCAGCAGGGAUAUGUUAGCCUGACCCUUUGGGGAUGGCCACCCACCCUCUUCCAGAGACAAGAGUAUAGGACUGAGGCCGCAGGUCUGUGCAUGGCAUGACCAGUAGAGCCGUGAUGAAUUUCUGGAGUCCGGACUACAUAAACGUCCGAGACUAAUGCACAAGGACUGUUAGCAGUUCCGGGGGUGGUGGGUGGUGGUGGUGGUGUCAGGGCAUCUGGUCUGCCGCCAUGUGUGACACCCUUAACCUGACAUGGGCUUCUCUUCUUCCAGGCGGCACCCUAAAGACCUUGCAGGAGGCGGAUGCAGAAUCCCUGCAGGCUCGGUGGUGGAACAGGGAGACGCCCACUCUCCCGCUACGUGCCCGGGACAUCUUGCCUCUGAUGGAGCUGGCGCUGCAGUAUCGGGCCAAGGCCCCCCACCCGCCCACCCUGCCUGUUGAGCUGCCUUGCUCGCUCAUCUGCCAGCGCCUCCUGCUGGUGUUUGUGGGCCCCGGCAACGCCCUGUGGGUGCUCCUGGGCACGACGGGGGCUCCGCAUCUGCCUGUGGCAGCCAGCGGCUUGUCUCGCGCGCAACAGAGCCACAGGCUGCUGGUGGCUGUGCAGCGCCUUUUACAGAAAUGCCUGCCCCAAGCCCAGGCCGCCGUCCGUGUCCGUGGCCUGCUGGGGCUGCAGCAUCUGGGUCGAGGACCCGGGCACAGUGACGGCAUCUGCUUCAAUGUGGUGGCCGUGGUUGGGGACCCAGGCCACCCGCGACAGGAGAGCCCUCCGGCCUUGCAGAGCCAGGCGUUCACCUGGUGGAAGGUGGAGAACGAGGCCCUGAGAAGCAGAGCCCUCCACGCGCUCCACACCGAUGCCUUCCUCCCUCUCCACAGUUACCCCUGAGCCACAGAUGGGGGUCUUGUGAGGACGAGGGGGCUGCGGCCGAGGAAGAGGGCUUGGUUGACUGGCCCCUGGCUCUGCUCAGCAAUGGGCCCCGAGGCGGUGAAGCUGUUGGAACCUCCCUGCCAGAAGAUCCUUCAACCGCCUCACACCCCAAAUGACCCGAAUAAUGCUUAAGCCUCAGCUGUGGCCGGAAGGAUGCCCGGACCCAAACUGAAUGCCUCUCCGGGCAUUUAGGCUUUUGCAUGAAACUAGACAUGGGGACAGUUUUUUUUUCCUGCCCGGACAUCAGGCACCGGCUGCUCCCAGCCUGUUCGCAGGCAGAGGGGAAAGCCAAGCCUUGCCAACUCUUGCUUCUAAGUAGUGGGUCUCUCAAUGUAAUGGCAGAUGCAUGGCCUGCAAGAAGCAUCCAACUGCUGCAACGCACCGAUUCAGAUGCCUGCCCCUCCUGUAUUUUCAGGGCAACCUCCCCUCAGCCCCGGCUUUAUAACAGCCCAUGGCAGGUGUUCCGUCUCGGCAAGAAAUUAAAAAAGAUGGGUUUGUUUCUGGCUUCCAGUACGUUUUUUGGCUGGAAUGAGUCUCAGCCCUUUGCAUGAGAAUUCUCCCAGGUUUGUUAUUGGCAGCACAAGGGAGGAGCCCAGCAGGUUUACCAUCAUGGCGUGAUUUAUUCCAGGCACACAUGAGAAACAAGUGAGCACUGCAGCCACCACCGUAAAAGCAAGGAAACUGAAAGCAGCCUGGAGAAGAUGGGAGAAAUGUGUGGACUCAACUCCGUGCUGGCUUCGCUGCUGUGGCCCUCUGCGUUCUCAGGCUGUUCAGACAAGAAUCUGCUCAACGGGAUGGAAAAGGCUCAGAUGUGUGGUGUAUGUGUGUGCUCACACAUCUAUUCAGUCAGCCCUAACCCUGUUGAUCUCUAGAUGCUACGCCUGAUGCCAAGAGUGGCAUUUUGUUUAACGUACAAAUAAAAACAAAUGCCAAAAAAUUAAAAAAUUCUUCCCAAGUCAUUGUGAUUAGGAAGGUUAACUGUGCAAAAAGAGCAAGUGAGGGCAUUCAGUUACCUCCAGAAUCCCUAGCUGCUGGCAGCAUUUGAGUGAUGAAUAGCUGUCCUUACUGCCCCAGCCCUUCUGCCCAUCAUCUGCAGAGAAAGAGGGCCGCAGCCCAGUCUGAGAUGCAGAAAGCCUGAGAGAAGCAGCAGCAGGUCAGGUUCUGGCUGAUUCCUCCCCCCCCCCACCGCCGCCCAAGAAGCGGAAGCAGCUGAUUUCUCAUUGGAAAACAUUGUUGAUUAAAAAGAUCCCAGUUCCCAAAAGCACCCCCUCCCCUGGGCCUGCCAUUGAUGGCAGCGGGCAAAAUCCGAGGAAUUCCAGAGGGUCCCUUAAUGUGCUUCCC